GGAAGGUCCUCCUGUCUAUGUGUGCCCACUCUUCCUUAGGAGAUGUCCAAUGUUUCCAGUUACGCCCUUCGAAUGGCCUGGCUGAGUGCUCAGAUAUUCGGAGAAGUUGUCAGGCCUACUGACUCAAAAUCUAUGAAAGUAGUAAAGUUAUUCAGUGAGCAGCCUCUGGCCAAGAGAAAGGAAGUCUAUGACUGGUAUCCUGCUCACAACACCUACUACGCCCUCAUGAAGAAACUCCGUUACUUUGGCCUCUACAGGGAUGAGCAUCAGGACUUUAAGGAGGAGAUGAGGCGAUUGAAAAAGCUCCGUGGGAAGGAAAAACCAAAGAAGGGAGAAGGAAAGAGAGCUCUCAAGAAGAAAUAAUGCCACUGGGACAAUACAGUGAAUUACUCUGUAAUUCCAGGAUUGGGGCAUCCACUGCCACUCUCGUCAACCUGUUCCAGUGUUUCACGACCCUCUUUGUAAACAAUUUCUUCCUUGUAUCUAGUCUGAAUCUACCCUCUUUUAGUUUAAA